UUGCGAGGAGGAAGUCCAGGUCUCACGCUGGUGACUCCUCCUGCGCGUCCCCGGCCAUGGCAGAAGUAGAGGAAACACUAAAGAGGAUUCAGGCACACAAAGGGGUUAUUGGAACUAUUGUUGUAAAUGCAGAAGGAAUUCCAAUCAGAACCACCCUAGAUAACUCUACAACAGUACAAUAUGCAGGUCUUCUUCAUCAGCUCACAAUGAAAGCGAGGAGCACAGUGAGAGAUAUAGAUCCUCAGAAUGAUCUAACCUUUCUUCGGAUCAGAUCAAAGAAACAUGAAAUUAUGGUAGCCCCAGAUAAGGAGUAUCUUCUAAUUGUUAUUCAGAACCCAUGUGAAUAGACUUGCCGCAACAAUAUUUUUAGAGACACCAAUGCAGCUGUACUUUUUAAAGUAAUAAUCCUUUAUUGAUAUUUAUUUUCAAACAUACCACUAAGUUCUUACAUAAUGUAUGUAACUUGUCAUUGCUGAAACUUUUCCAAGCUAAUAUUCUCAGUUGUAGCUGUACUUUAACUUAUGCUUGAGCAAAACAAACAUUGUAUGUGUAGAUAAAUACUCAGAAGAGCAACAAUAGAACAAAAUGUUUAAAAAACUUUUGUUAAUGGAUUUUCUGGCUAAUUCUUGUAACUAAAGAAUUCUCUUUACAUCACAAGUUUAGAUUUUUUUUUUUUAAGCAGGAAUCACAUUUCAUGGAAAUUAGUAACUUGUGUAUGUACUUGUAACUGUACCCAUAUAAACUCAAGAAUACAGGGUUAAAUAGGUUACUAAUCUCAGUUCCAUUGGGGUAAAGAGGACUGUGUUCUGUCUCUGUAAUUUCUGCAUUUUGAUCAUUCUAAAGAAAUAAUUUUACUUCCACCUUAUGCUAUCUUAAGUGCCCUUCAGUUUCUAAUGAACAAAUGAAUCACAACAGCUUCAGUUAAAUAUUUUAAAGCUAAUGCUGAAGAAAGGUCCAGAUGAAGAGAAUGGCCCUUCCACCUUGAAUUAAUGCAAAACUGUUAUUAAUUUGUGUUUACUGGCAAUUCAAAAUAGUGCCUCUAAGUAAACUCAUCAGAACUCUUGAUAAAACACUCAAAUGUGUCCACCUUCAGAUCCAGCAUGUACUGAAUACAGCGAGCCAUUUCUUCCAGCAUAUUUUGCAACACUGCCACAGAUCUUGCAGUUCUCUCCAAAAUUGGAAACCUGUUCAGACCCUUGUUUUAAAUCAGACACUUAAAGUGGUUGUAGAUUUUCACGUUACUAAUGAUUCUUUAAUUUUAAAGUUGAAACUUUUCCAGCAUCAGUAGGUCAAGAACAGUUUUUUUUAAUGCUGAUAUUUCAUCAUAGGGCAGGGGGUGGGAACAAUCUGGAAAUUGGGAGAAGAAAAAAUAAGUGGUAGGAAGCCUAGCUAAAGAGACCCAGGGAGAAAAUGAAUCCAGUUGCUUGGGAAUAAUAGAAGCCAAAGGGAUGGUUAUUGAUGGUACAGCCACAGUAUCAUAUCUGCUUGCUGGGUGACAGUUGAAACUAUGAAUGGCUGUGAUGAAAAGGACCAUUACAUGGAAAUAAAUAUAUCAAAUCAAUAUCUUUACAUACUGAAGUAAAAUAAAGCAGAGCAUAUGUUUGAACAUUACUAAUGUACUCUGUGCUGUACAAGAAAACACUCCCUACUUCCUAUAGUCUUUCAUCAAAAUUAUUAAUUCUAAAUUAUUUAAAAUGACAACAGUUCAUUAGUGAAUGUUGGCAAAUAUGGCCAUACUGUACCAAAACUAAGUUUUCCAUUUAUCAACUUCCCUAGUUCUGUGGUUCUAAUGCUUCUUAACAGCAAACCAGUCAUUGUCAAAUGUCUAACUUUUAUUCAUAAAAAAAAAAAAAUACUUUGGCAUUUUGGGGGAUAUCCUGUGUAACAAGUGAAAGUCAGUGUGUCUGGCUUUCCUUUCACUUACUCUAG